AUGGCUGUAUACACAUCAGACGGGACAAUACAAGAGGCCAUCCGACGUGGAGGUAUACCCUCUAAUGGCAUCACGAUAGGUGUGGAUAAGAAUGGAUUUAUCAAGCUUGAGGGUAUCCCGGGUGAGAAGAAGUCCGAGCAAGCCUCCAGUGCCGGAUUGAUCGAUGGGGGUGAUGACGAGGACGAGGAGGAUGACGAUAUUGAGGUUAUUGACGAGUGA